GUCCAUCUGACACAUGCCACAAACUCACAGAAAGCUCGGAUAUCAACAUCUAGCAGCGACGCGUGGAUCAAGGGAAAGGCGAUCGGCAGCUAGCUUCUUACAUUUAGUCAUUUAGCAGACGCUCUUAUCCAGAGCGACUUACACUUCUUUAUAGCGAACGGAUCGGGGCCGGCCCAGGAGGUGUCUGUCCAGGCCAUGGCUGAGGGGAAACCAUACCGCUACGGGCUGAUCGUGGUGGGUCUGUGUGUGGGGGCCGUGGGCCUCUUCAUCAUGACUCAGGAGCGGCCACAUGUCUACGCCACGCUGUGCACUCUGGGAGUCGUCAUGGUGACCCUCGGGACAGCCUGGAGCCUCUGCCAGUGCUACCCUAAGGUAAUACUGAUCCAUCAGAGCCAGGAAGAAAAGACGGCACAAGAUUCUAUGUAUGUGGGCAUGGAUGAAAAACACUCCAGUCCUGCUGCAGAGCCAUUGGUUACCAUCCAUGCAGAGAAAACAGGUGACCCCUCCCGAACAAUGCUUCUGGCCAAUCACUGUACAGCAGACACGAGAGUCCUCCUGUCCUCCCACAGCUGUCCCACACUGCAUCUGACCUGACCCCUGACCCCAAGAGUCAAAACAGUCUUUAUGAGUGCUUCAAUGUGAUUUAAUAUCAAUACGUUUUUUCCUUCAGCUAUUUUCAUCACCCCCUGUAUAUUCUGUUGUACCCAAUAAACUCUCGUCUGUUUACUUUC